CUGUCGUGGUAUCAGUCGAGUGUAGGCAUCAGCGACAUCCACAUCGGCUCCGCGGCCGCCUCGCUCAGGAUGAAGUGCAUUGUGAUCCUCUCGGUGGCAGUGGCCCUGGCGGCCGCCGGCGACGUGAAGGAGAAGCGCGGGCUGGCCUCCCUGGGACUGGACGGCCACGGCUACGCCUCCGACUACAGCAGCUACGACCAACACGGCCUCGACCUGCACGACCUCCACCACGACCACGUCAAGACCCACGUCAUCACCAAGCACGUGCCUUACUCCAUCCCCAAGCCCGUGCCCGUGACCGUCACCAAGCACGUGCCCUACGCCGUCAAGGUGGCCGUGCCCUACCCCGUCGACCGCCCCUACGAGGUGCCCGUCCCCAAGCCCUACGCCGUCGAGGUCAAGCGCCCCGUGCCCGUGCCCGUCGAGACCCCGUACCCCGUGGCGGUCAAGGUCCCCGUCAAGGUCGGAGUGCCCGCGCCCUACCCCGUCACCAUCAAGAAGCCCUACCCCGUGCACGUCGAGGUGCCCACCGCCUACAAGGUGCCCGUCAAGGUGCCCGUCUACGUCAAGGAGCACCACCACGACGACCACUACCACGGCCUCGAGGACUCCAGCCUCGCUCUGAGCCACGGCUACGGCCUCGGCCACAGCUACGGCCACGACCUCAGCCACGACCUCCACGGCCACGGCCUCGACCACGGCUACGAGACCCACUACGGCGGCAGCCACAGCUACGCCUACGUCCAGCAGGGACACUCCUCCUACCACCACUAGGGUCCACCCGUAGUCAAUCGCGCCUCAUCUGUAAAGACUCACCCGUCAUAAUCAACCCGAGAAAAUGUCUGUGAUCGAAUAACUGUAGCUCUUAAAAUGUGUCAAAUAAAUGAAAUGUGAUAAAAUGAA